AUGGAAGCUGAUGUUGUUAUUGCUUCGACUGCUAAGAUUGACUAUAUAGAAGCAAACUUCGAUACUGAUUCUAUUAACCCUGAUGUUGUGACUCCAGUUCCUUCUAAAAGGAUUGUAAAACCUAGUUUUUUAAUGAAGUCACCAUUUUUGAACGAGUUUGGUUCUUCUUCAGGCUGCAUUAUGCCGAAGCCAACUAUUGGCAGCGUCUGUCUUUGUCCAUUUGACGGUAAUUGCAAUUUAUUUAGCGAUGUCACUAAACAAGAUAUUGUUAGGAAAUGGCUGGCAGAAGGCAAUUCUAAAAGCUCCAGGAAGAAAAUAUACGAUUCAAAGACUGAUAUAUUGCGUCCCCGUUUUUGUCUUGGAGUGGGUAACAUUGACUCAAAAAGUUGGUUUUACAAUCUUUUUCACAUUGGACAUCCUAUUGCGUAUUCUCAUGUAGAUAUUUUGCUUUAUUAUCUGAGGAAAAAAAUUAAAAACGGACGUGCUGUAAACAACAGAUGCACAACUACUGACAAUUAUUUCGAUCGACGUAUUCAAGCCAUAUACGCUUUAUACUUGAAAAAGCAAGAUACGUCACUUGUUUCUUCGAAAAAUACAGCGGCUGAGUACAUUUACGGUGGUCAUAUGCGUUGCAACACCAAGUGGGCUGAUGUUGAUGAUGUUCUUUUCCCGAUCAACUGCGGUAAAGAUUGGCAUUGGAUAUUGGCUCGACUGAACUUCAAGGAACGAUGCAUAUAUGUCUACAAUUCGUUGAGGUCAGUCCGAAGUGACUCAUCUGCAAUUGAGAUCGUUAACUGCUAUAGUGUGUUGCUUCCGCUCUUCCUUGAAGAUGUCAAAUUUUUUGAAUCUCGAGAUGACAUAGACACUACCAGCGGUCCUUAUGAGGGAAAGAGUAUAACUGACCCAUUCAGAAUCGAGAUUGUGCAGAACUUACCCAUUCAAACUGAUACUGAUUGUGGAGUUCAUAUGUUUGCCGCUGCUGAGUUUUUUGUUGAUGGAAAAGUUAUGGGGCAAGAUUUUAGUGCCGAAGAACACCGUGCUCGUUAUGCUUCGUCAUUAUAUUUUUAUGGUCGUUGGAAGUACGAAUCUUCAGUUCUUAGUGAAAAUGAAGCUCCUUUGAAAAUCAAGAGGGUGGCUUCUUAGGCAUUUUUCCUUUUAGGAUUUUAUUUUGUUUUGUAUCGGAAAUAUAUCUGAAUAUUAUCGUACUAUCGUACUUUGGAUGUUAUUAUUUGUCUUUUGUUUUUUAUAUUGUAAACAGAAUUUAUAUUUUUAAUUCUAGUUGGCACCAUUUUUCUC